UGGGCGCGUCACAGUCCUCAAAGGAUUUUUCCCCGGAGUGGCCAGACGGGCUGGGGGGACACAGGAUGGCAGAGCUAAUAGGAGUACCUAACGGGACAUGCGGACGGGCUGAUUUCUUCUAAUAUUUCAAGUGCUGUUUGUGUCGGUGUGAAGCUUCGCCAUGCCGCUGGUGAAGAGGAACAUCGAGCCCCGUCACCUCUGCCGAGGGGAGCUCCCCGAGGGCAUUGGCAGCGAGCUGGAGUGUGUGAUGAACAACACGCUCUCUGCCAUCAUCCGUCAGCUCAGCAGCCUGAGUAAACACGCGGAGGACAUAUUUGGCGAGCUGUUUAACGAGGCCAACACCUUCUACCUGCGUGCCAACUCUCUCCAGGACCGCAUCGACCGGCUGGCUGUCAAGGUCACGCAGCUGGACUCCACCGUGGAGGAAGUUUCCCUGCAAGACAUCAACAUGAGGAAAGCCUUCAAGAGCUCUACCACUCAGGACCAGCAGGUGGUGUCCAAGAGCAGCGUGCCAAAUCCUGUCAAAGAGAUGUACAAUGUGAGCGACAAGCCUCCACCUCUCAACAUCCUCUCACCAUACAGGGAUGACCACAAGGAAGCACUUAAGUUCUACACCGAUCCCUCGUACUUCUUUGACCUGUGGAAGGAAAAGAUGCUGCAAGACACAGAGGACAAGAGGAAAGAGAAAAGGAAGCAGAAGGAGCAGCGGCGUUGUGUGGAUGGGACGUUACAGAGGGAGGUGAAGAAGGUCCGUAAGGCCAGGAACCGUCGGCAGGAGUGGAACAUGAUGGCUCUGGAUAAGGAGCUGAGGCCGGACCAUCGGCACACCAUACACCGUGACAGAGGGGCUUCUUCUGAGGGCUCAAUGUCGCCAGAGAACAGGGGUCACGGUCCCGAUCAGCACCACUACCCCAACGCCAUGAACCACGCCGGCCACGCCCACACCUACUCUGGCCCUCCGCCCAGCAUCCUGGCCGCCCAGAUGGCUGCAGGGCACACCGCCCGUGGAGGAGGAGAACUCGAUAACAGGGGCAGGACUAUGAUGGCCUAUCAGAGCGGGACACUGGGCCGCUCUCACCACCACCAAGUCCUUCUGCCUCCCCCACCCACUGAGGCGAUGAACGGUGGCUCUAUGUCCCUCCCACCGGUAGACUACAGUAUGGAUGGCUACGCCAACACAGGUCCUCCUCCCCCUCCUCCAGCCCCUCUCAUCCCUUCUGUCGGGACUGCCUUUGCCUCACCCCCUGGAGGUCCCAUGCCCCCCGGACCUAUGGCUGGCGCCGGUGGCUACGCUCCGCCUCCGCCACCUGUAUCUGGAGCUCAAGCGGCUCCACCUCCUCCUGGUCCUCCACCUCCUCCCCUUCCAGCUGGUGCCUCCCACUCCACGAUCCACAAGAUGUCCUCCUCUGCACCCGCUGAGACCUCAGUGGUCAAUGAUGCCCGCAGUGAUCUGCUGGCUGCUAUACGUAUGGGCAUCCAGCUGAAGAAGGUGCAGGAGCAGCAGGAGCAGCAGGCGAAGAGGGAGCCAGUUGGAAACGACGUGGCCACCAUCCUGUCGCGACGCAUCGCUGUGGAAUACUCUGACUCCGAGGACGACUCCGAGCUGGAGGAGAAUGACUGGUCGGAUUAACCACCGAAGACACACACACACACACACACACUCAAGAAGACACACAAUCAGCUGAUCUCACUCGAAGGAAUGCCCACUGCAAGCACACCCACGGGUUCUCACACACUUUGUUGCCGAAAACACACACACACUACUACACCUACACACAAUCACAUGCUGUAGGUUGAUAUAAGCUGAAUGGUCCAAAACUGGAAAACUGGGGGUGUAUUCAAGAUGCAUAAACACUGUAAAGAGACUAGUAAUAUACUGUAAUGCUGACCACUCUGUGAAACAUUAACAUUCAGUUUGAUCAUUAUAUUUCAAAGCAUUGUGAAUACACCCCAGUGGCUGUUUCUCUACCUGUUAUAACACUAUAGACACCGUGUGAAGGUGCUUAUUUCAUGUAUAGUCAAAGCUUGAGAGAGUUAUAGAAGAAUUAGAAACUUUCCUCCUGAGCUAACCAAUGUACUUGUCUUUUUUUAAUGUUUUUACUCAAACACUUGCGUAUGCCAUAGAUCAUGAGGUAAGUUUUUAACAUGAUGACAAUAACUGGAAGUGAGGAGCUCAGUGGCAGCUGCGAUCAAUGAUAUGAUGGAUUCAGGCCACUGAGCGAGUGACUGCAAGGAGCGUUGGAAAUGCUGUGGUGAAAGAUGGAUGAGAAGGCGAUAUGUAAAAAGUCUUAUUGAUCAUAAAUAUGAUAAUUGAUUGAGCCAUCUGCGUCUGCAAUCGCUCAGUGCUGCACGGGAGGGGUACGGGGUUGAGGUGGGGGCGGGGGUGCGAGUCAUGUAUAUGCUAGUGUGAGCUCUGUAACCUUUGACCCAGAGAAAAAUAAAAUGAUGAAUGAAAGCUCACGGCCCCGGGCUGCCACGUCUCUUUACUGCUCCACCGUCGGCAUAGAGAUGACACAUACCUGGCUCUAAGACUUCAGUUUCCAUGGUAACCGUACAGCUAAGAAGGGAGUUGCCAGGGAAACAGAAGAGUGCGAAAAAAGGGGAGGGGGGAUGUGGAGGGGGAGCACAGAGCCAGGGCGAGGAUGAACAAAUUAGUCAAGGCAGGAGUUUUAUGCACAGCACAUGUUUGUUUUUAAUACAAAAUUAACAAGAUCUCUCAGUGGAGUGAACUAACCAAAGCAAUAAAAAGUACAACUAACACCUUGGAAAAAUAGACACCACGUUCACACAAAUGUUUUUUUUUGUUUUUGUUUUUUACAAUAUCUCAGUUAAGUUAGUGCAUGUUGAUUAUCGUUAAUACGUUUCAUUUUGCAGAUACUUAAUUUGUUGUGCCAUUUUCAUCCAAAAAAUAAAGUGCAUUUCACAUUGAAAACUA